GCGGAGACUGCUGAGCAGGUCAUAUAAGCCCACGAACGAGACCGGUGGAAGAUUGCUAGCAGGACAGCAGUCACCCUCGUGGCGUCGAAAUCGAUUCACCAUGUCCAAAUCACAAUCGCAAUACGCAGCUGCAUCGGGCCUCCCGCUCAUCAAAUCACCUAGUCUGCGCCUUCCCCGGCCUGUAGAACUCCCACCGGACAUUCAUCCCCUGCCAGAUAGUGUGACUGCAUAUUUCGUAUACCCGUUCACGCUUGAGCCGCACGUCCUCACUGUGGAGGCAUCUCGAAGAUCCACUCUUGCUGCGCAUGCCACUCGCCGCGAGGCAUACCUCAAGGCCCGAGAGGAAGAGAAAGAGCGGCGGAAGCGUGAAGCUCUCCGAAAGAUUGCCCCGGGUUUCGAACCGAGGUCUACGCCGCUCGUCCCUACCAAGCGGUUCUCAGGUAUUCCUAUCUCACCUACAACUCCCUCCGCAGACGACUCUACCCACAGAAGAACCAAGUCGGUCAUGGAGGAGUUGGUUGACCAUCUGGCAGCCCUGGACUCGAAGUAGGCACUUCGAUCGGCGAAGUCGUAUAAUGUAGGUUAUUGUACAAUAGUAUCAACAUGUGGUGCGGAUUAGCAGAUGGGUAUGCAAUCAUCUUUCAAG